GGGUGUACACUCGGUGUGAAGUCUUACAGCAAUAGAACAAGAGCAACAUGGGUCACGCUGUCGUUUUGACUGGUAGUAAUGUAAACUCGUAAAUGAGGGCACCACACACCACUUUAACACGUAUUAACAUAGGUCAAGGUUAGUCGUUUAAGUGGCAGUUAAGUGGCACCCCUUGCUAAUGGUACAUUCCACACGUUAGCGUCCCAAACAAAAUGGUACACGAGCUCCAACUGCAGAUAGUGAGGUGCGUCGCUCGCGCCGAAAGUGAAACCGAAGCACGGUGACGCUGUGGUCGACACUAAUCUGUGGGCAAGCUCCAGUAACUCGCAGCGUCAGUGUCCCUCAGGCAUGGCACGGCAAAUAUCAGCUCUACUUUCAAAUGUCAGAGCCCUCCGCUGCUCCACCGGCCCUCUGUCCCGUGCUCACGCAGACUUCCAGGGGGCCGGUGUCAAGUUCCAACACACUGUGGCUCCUGGAAGCCCCCGGCCGGGCGGGCAGCCAGCAACAGGUCCGCCCCGCGGCCAUGUUAACGCUGCCCCCCGCCGAGCGGAGACGUUUUCAACAACAACAACAACAACAACAACAGCAGCAGCAGCAGCAGCUGCAGCAGCAGCGCUCGGGAGGUCCAGCCCCGGGAACGGUCCCUCCUCGCCCCGGGGGAGGCGAGGCUGGCUGGGCAAGCUUGCCCUCGGUGCAGCCGUUGGAGUGAGCGCAGUCGCGCUGGUCCUGGCUCUCCGCACCCGAGGAACUCUGGCCGCCAUGCCCCGCAAAGUUAACCUGAACUCCGCGGAGGGAAAUUGGAAGGAGAUCAAGGACGUCCUGCUGUCUCUGUCGGUGACGGACAGGCGUCAGUACUACAGGAUGUCUGACUUUGUGCCACUGGACGACAUCCCGGUGUGGACUCCCACUGCAGGUGGGUCUGAGCAAAGCCGCUAUAAAAGGAAUGAAAAUUUGGACAAGAAGAUUUCCCUCUACACUGGUGACAUCACCAAGCUGGAGAUUGAUGCUAUUGUUAAUGCAGCCAACAAGACUCUGCUCGGCGGAGGUGGAGUGGACGGAGCGAUCCACCGUGCUGCAGGUCCACUGCUCAAAAAACAGUGUGCUUCCCUCCACGGCUGUGAGACUGGAGAGGCCAAGAUCACCUGUGGCUACAGCCUGCCGGCAAAGUAUGUGAUCCACACUGUGGGGCCGAUUGCUCAAGGAGGAGUUGGCGAGGAGCAGAGGAAAGCUCUGAGGUCGUGCUACAAGAACAGCCUGCAAUCAGCCACUGAAAACGCCGCACGCUCCGUGGCCUUCCCUUGCAUCUCCACUGGAAUCUACGGAUAUCCACCUGAACAGGCUGUGCACGAGGCGUUAGCAACUGUGAGGGAGUAUCUGGACACACAUCAUGACAAGCUGGACAGAGUCAUCUUCUGUGUGUUCUUGCCGACGGAUAAGGAGCUGUAUCUGCAGAACCUCCCGCUCUACUUCCCAGCUGCCUGACCACUGACAGCAGUGUACUGUUCAGCUCCCACAGAAGCCACUGUCAAGAGUAAACUCUGAGAGAGGAUCUGUCAGAUGUUGUUGCUGUGGAUACAUACUGUACUGCAACACACAACAACCAGAUUCCUUCUCCCCAAUGAUGACGCAUACCAAGACCUUCUUCAGCUGGAGGAUGACUGCUAUAUGAAUGAUUGCUUCUUUUUGAAGGUUAAUGUCGCUCAGCUUUGAAGUGCAUACCGGCCCCUCGGCAGAUGUUCAUUAGAGCACUUUUUUUCCGUUUCUUCUCACUAAUAUGUGUGAGGUGUCAAAAUGAAAUGUAUGGAGCGAUGCUGAUAAUUCUGGUGAAACAUGGACUGCGUACCUUAAGCUGCGCCCUAACUCGACCAUUUGUCAGUGAUCGUCGGUGCUUGCCUUGCAUCACGUUAACAACCGGAGCUAUGUGCCGUGUGUGCUGUUUGAAUAUGGGGAUUUCACCGUGUGUGCAUGUGACAAAAGCUUAUUAAAAUGAAUCGCACAGGC